UUAAACCAAUGCCCAUUAAGGUUUCAUAUGUCAUACUACUAUUCUGUGGUACAUAUAAGCUCCCCAAAAUUAGGGUUUUUUGCUCACUCUUCUUCGCCUGCAUCCGCCAUCCUGCCCAAAAAGAUUCAAUGUUGCUUUAUAAUUGUUCCAAAUCUUACUUGGGAAGCUAUCAUUUUAUUGGACCAAUUUUCCUCCAAUGUUGCCAUUCUUUAUAUGACCAAAAGGAAGAAGAAAAAAGGGCAAAUUCGAAGGAUGAACAACCACCGUAUGACUCCGGAGGCAGCGGCGCAAUUCGGUGAUGGAAUUCAGAUGGUUCUUUCUCGGCGAGCUGCACUGCGGAUGGCCAUCGAAAACGGGUGGGGUGGCCGCGACUCUCUCCAGAAAUCGCAGCAGCUCGGCCACAACCUCUUCAAUUUCCUCACUCAAUCGAAAGAUUAA